UUGUUAAUUGUUAAUGUUUUUCAUUAUGUAACAAUAAUUCAAGUAAGAGUCAAGCAAAAGUAGUUUUUUUUUUUUUGUUACCCAAAAGAAGAAGAAAAAUUAGGGUUUCGACAUUGAAAUUGAAAUAUGUCGGUUGCAUUGAGUUCAAAUUGCAACGAAAGGGUAUAUUGGGAAGGUCAAUCAGAACAUUGUUCUGUUGAUCCAAUCCUGAUUUACUUAACAGUUGAUAGUGUUAUUACACCAAUGCGUGUUUUGGAGUCUGAUUCAAUUGCUUCUGUCAAAUUGAGGAUUCAGCAAAGUAAAGGUUUUGUGGUGAAGAAACAGAAGCUAGUUUUCGGUGGCAGAGAGCUUGCGCGUAACCAUACACUUAUUAAGGAGUAUGGUGUUGCCGAUGGCAAUGUUCUUCAUUUAGUUUUACGCCUUUCAGAUCUUCUUUUUAUUGUUGUUAGGACGGUUUCUGGUAAGGAAUUUGAGUUUCAUAUUGAUAGGCGUAGGAAUGUGGGGUAUCUUAAACAAAGGAUUAAGAUAAAGGGGGAAGGUUUUAUUGAUCUUGAGGAACAAGAGCUUUUUUGUAAUGAUGAAGAGCUUAAUGAUCAGAUUCUCUUUCAUGAUAUAUGUAAAGGUGAUGAUGAUGUAGUUCAUUUGAUUAUUAAAAAAUCAGUUAAGGUUAGAACUACAGCUAUUCACAAUGAUUUGAAGCUUUCUCUUGAAGCUUCAAUACCGGAGGAGAGAAUCGAUCAAAGAGCAUUACAAUUACAAGUAGAAGAUGAUAAUAAUAAUAAUAAUAAUAGUAAUAAUAAUAAUAAUAAUAAUAAUAAUAGGAACAAACAGAUUCAGAUAGCAAAGUUACCACCUGGUGUUGAUUUCUGGUUGGAACCUAUUGUUGUGAAUCCCAGGAUCAAUUUUUUGCCUUUCCAUUGGGACUUAAUCAACUCCACAUACGAGGGUUUGAAGAAAGGAAAUCGUCCUAUUAGGUCCUCAGAAGGAACAGGAGGGACUUAUUUUAUGCAAGAUUCAACAGGUCAGCGGCAUGUUUCAGUUUUCAAGCCCUUGGAUGAGGAACCCAUGGCUGUGAACAACCCAAGAGGCCUACCAAGUUCAACAAACGGCGAAGGUUUAAAAAGAGGAACAAGGGUGGGAGAAGGAGCUUUGAGGGAGGUUGCAGCUUAUGUGUUAGAUCAUCCAAGGAGUGGACCGCGUUUGGUGACAGGUGAAGAAAUUGGGUUUUCUGGUGUUCCUCCUACUGUUAUGGUGCAGUGCUUACACGAAGAAUUUCACCACCCAAAUGGUUAUGCUUGCUCAUCAAAACAUGUUAAGAUCGGAUCAUUACAGAAGUUCAUGAAUAAUGACGGUAGUUGCGAGGACAUUGGACCUGGGGCGUUUCCGGCAGAGGAUGUGCAUAAGAUAACUGUGCUUGAUAUAAGAAUAGCCAAUGCAGACAGACAUGCUGGAAAUAUUUUGAUCAGAAAGGAGGCAGGUGGCCAGAUUAAGCUCAUUCCUAUCGAUCAUGGCUAUUGUCUACCAGAGAAAUUUGAAGAUUGCACAUUUGAUUGGCUUUACUGGCCGCAAGCACGCCAGCCUUACUCACUCGAGACGGUUGAUUAUAUCAAUGCUUUGGAUGCUGAAAAAGACAUUGAACUUUUGAAACUUUAUGGAUGGGAAAUUCCGCUUCAGUCUGCACGGACACUUCGCAUUUCCACGAUGCUACUGAAGAAAGGGGUUGAGAGAGGUCUUACUCCCUAUGCAAUUGGAAGCAUCAUGUGUCGGGAAAAUUUGAACAAGGAAUCUGUAAUUGAGGAAAUUAUAAGCGAAGCACAAGAUUCCUUGCUUCAUGGCAUGGAGGAAUCGGCAUUUCUUGAAUCCGUCUCCCGAAUCAUGGAUUUCCGUCUUGAUAAGCUCACAAAAUAGAUAAUUUUCCUUUUUUUGAUUUAUAUAUUGAGAAGGUAAUAUUUGUAUGCACUAUAAUUCAUUGAAUGACUCUAGUUCAUUUUUGGAUGGACUGCACACAAAAUCUCGUGACUUGAUUGAUGUGUCCUGGACACCUGAAGCUCUUUUUUAUUUCUGGCUUCUUUGAACUGUUUUUUUCUUUCAGAAUUGUACUUUUGCAGGAUUGUACUGACAGGUUUAACAGAAAUUAAAAGGUCUGAAUAAGAUAAUUUAUACUAA